UCGUAAUGGCGACCGUGCCGUAGAUGUGCCUAGGUUUGUGAAAAUGAAGCGAAGAAGAAGUUAUUUCUUUUAAGUAAAAAACGCUGAGUUUCCCCCGGAGGAGGACUUUGCGUCUACAGCCGUCGUCUUUACAAGUGGUUUACUCAGCCGGACUUUUUAACUUUUGUGCCCCUUCUUUUGAAAUGAUGAAGCUCAAGUCAAACCAAACCCGGACGUACGACGGGGACGGCUACAAGAAGCGGGCCGCCUGUCUGUGCUUCAGGAGCGAGAGCGAAGAAGAGGUGCUGCUGGUGAGCAGUAGUCGACAUCCUGACAAGUGGAUAGUUCCUGGAGGGGGAAUGGAGCCCGAGGAGGAGCCCAAUGUUGCUGCAGCCCGAGAAGUGUGUGAAGAGGCCGGUGUGAAGGGGACUUUAGGCCGCUUAGUGGGAGUAUUUGAGAACCAAGAAAGAAAACACAGAACCUACGUCUAUGUUCUUAUUGUAACAGAGCUGCUGGAGGACUGGGAGGACUCGGUCAACAUUGGGAGAAAAAGGGAAUGGUUUAAAAUAGACGAUGCCAUACAAGUGUUGCGGUGUCACAAGCCCGUGCAGGCCACCUACUUCGAGGCUCUUCAGGAAAGUUGCCUGACCAGUAACGGAACACCUUUGGUGGCCACGAUAGGUGGGGACCUCUCCCCUACCUACAGCAUCAAUCAGAGCUCCGUCUCGGGUAUCAGAUAACUAAAACCAUAACUCUGACACCUUUCGGGAGCUUUUCGCCACCACUUGCGCUCUUACUUGUGUCAUUUCUCUUCUCUUCUCUGUUCUUUUUCUCUUCUCUUCUGUCUCAAUAACAUGGUUUGCCUUGCCAACUCCUUUGUGCCAGAGCUGUGGCACAGACUUGAUGACAAGUGUUGGGUGAAUAGUCUGAAACACUUUGUAAAUGUUAAUGUAAUUUUUGAACCCCCGCCCCCCCCAUUUUUUUUUCUUCGUUUUUUUUCUUUUUACUGACAACUGCAUGAAAUGUCCCCUCAUUCUCUUUCCUUAAUGCGCCCUUAGCGUGGUGUUUAUUGAAUGCAAGAACUACUUUUUACUGUUGUAAUGUAAAAGUGUAUACUUAGUGCUUAAGCUGAAGGCUUUUGGUGGUCUUUUUAAAAGUCUCCUCCAAUUUUUUUUCGGUUAUUUUCUCUGUGAAUGAAUGUGCCCAUUAGUGUACUCCCCCCCCCCCUCCCCUGUUAAUAAGGAUAGGAAAUGUUUGUCUGUAUCUGAAUGAACAGAAUUGUGGGAAGUGACUUGUCUUGCAUGAGCACUGUUAUGUUGUGUCUCACUCGCUCGGGUGACCUGAUGCUGACUGUGCAACAGACUUGUGGUAAGGUCUUCAUUUUGCUCCUUAUCGUGGUUAUUGAUGUCUCUGUACUUGGAAGGAUAUGGCCCCUCGCUAGUUUUUCAAUUUCAAGUGUCAAGUGUGUUUCUCUCUUUUUUGGGAAGCUAGCCAAGCACUACAGGUUUCACUCUCAAACAGAGCAUACAUAAACUGUAAAGAGAGAGAAAGAAUGUCAACAUAGCAUUGUCAAAUGAACCACCUUUCUCCUCAGUGUCUUUACCUCCUUUUAAUCCCCUUUUUUGUUUUCUUUUUUAAACUGCUUUCUUGUGACUGACUACAAAGUCUUCCUCCACAUACUGAGAGGGUAGAAGUAGUAGAUUUAAAGAAAAAAAUCAUGGACUUGUAAUUUCAAAAUGCAGCACAUAUCACUUAAGUUAUUAAAAACCCAUUUCCAUAUUUUACUCCUCACAUUCAGUUUGGUUCAAAGCAAUUGUUUACACUGUGUUCGCACAGGUGACUUUAGUGGGCACUCAUUACGGUCAUGGUAUUUUUUUUUCUUUCUUUUUUCAACCCUUUAGUAUUUAAUCUGCAUCCCCAAAAAACACUCAAAACACCUGCUUGACAUCGAAAGUUAUGGAAUCUAUAAUGCUGAUGCAGAACAAACAAGCCUUGUACAGUUUGAGACCUUGUUUUUAACAUGUAAAAUGCUUUUUGAAUACUAGUUUUUGUUUUUAUGUUUUUCUCUCUAACGUCUGGCAAAAGUCUCUUCGGCCGAGCUGCGUCACUUUGGCCUCGAUGUGGCGAUGAGGCAGCUGGCUCAAUACUGUGAAACUGGAGGCGCUGUAGAUAGCAUGUUAGAGGUUUUUAUUGUAAAUUGUUUAUUUCUGUAUAGAUCAAAGGUGAGAGUACAAAUGACAAAACACCUCUUACACAUCUGUGAGUCCGACGUGUCAUUUCAACCGAGGCUGGAAGAACUGAUUGAACUUGUGGUAUCGGCUUUGGAGCUGUUAGGAUUUAUUCUUGUGAGAUAGCUUACAGUACAUCUGAGGCUAAAGAACAAGGCGUGUGGCUGUUGGUGAAAGUGAAGAGCCUAUUUAUAAUCCCAAAUUUUUGAAAUCCGUAGGCAUACCUUUUUUCUUUUCAAAAUAAAAACUAAUUUGUAACGGGAUUAGAGUUCUUUGGCAGAGCUAUAGUUGGAGUUUCAAAACCACGACUUGGUUUAAAAGUAAAAAGUUAUUUUAAACCAAGUAGCUGUUUCACUACCACCAAUCUGUGUAUUUUCCCCAUUUAGGACAUCUUUUACUGUUCUUUCUCAAAUACAUGAUACUGUGGUUUUCUGUCCAUAUUUAAACCCAUGUAAAGAUUUUUGCACCAUAUGGAUGCUGCUACACCUGUCUUGUUAACUUGCAAUUUGCCCAUAAAAACACCUGGAAGUGGAAACUGAAAACGGUUAUCCCUAAUCCUUAAAAUGCCACAAAAGGGUGAAAAAAGCAUGCUGGAUGCAGUAGGACACCCUGGUAUUUUCUAUUUCCUGCACUUUGUACUAAAUUGUUUCCUGGUAUACUAAAUAUAUGUUAGCAUGUGUACCCCCAUUUUUCACCACUCGAGAUUUGACCCGCGCUAUUUUAAUUACACCAUCUUGUUGCACCAACUGCUUCUGAAAUAGUAUGAUCCCACCCCUAAUAAUAAAACAAGUUUGCAUCUUUUGCAAAUUUUAUGGAGGAUCAGUUAAAUUUUGUGAUACAUUUCGGAUGGAAACUUGGCUACUGCUAUAUCAGGUUCCUUUUUUAGUUUGUAUGGGGAACUGACAAACGGUUAACUAUGUAGAUAUCUGACAUGUGGAGCAAUAUUGGCGUUCAUUUGGUGUGGUUGUGUCCAAUAUUCACUUUUGGUCACCACCAGUGCCUGAGGUUAAAAUAUGGCUUCUUUGCUACUAAAUGCUCCACUAUGCUCCCCAGCUUGACACCUAUGGCUGGGUAUGUAGUGUACAAUUGGUUUGUAUAGCUUUUUUUCAUGAUAUGAGGACAAUAAUUAGACUUAAACAUCAAAACUACAAACUGAAAGAUGCUAAAUAAUACAUAAUGCUCUGCGGGUUCAUCACAACAAGCAAACCCUUUCAUACAUGAGUUGUCAUGCGAUUAAUAAAGACACAUGGAUUGUAUCUUUUAAAGUUUACCAUCUACAAACUAUAAUUUAACUUUAGUCAUCUUAAUACAGAUAAGUCAAUGAUUACCUUGCCAGCACUCAAAAACUACACCUCAGAUUAGGUUUUGAUUGUGUGCCUAUUGCUAAGGCUCAUGGGAGCUGUAAUUUUUGAUUGCCAACAAAAUAAAAUAAUUUAAUCUUGAUUAAACAACGGGGUGCUCAAAGUUCACUGGCCAGUACAGCAGCAGAUGCUCUUUUAAUUCUCUUAAUGCUCUUUAAUUAAUUCAACUCUUUGAAUAUUGACAGAAAACUCCAGUAUCACUAUUCAGUUGUCAAGAAACCGAUGAAUAGAAAAAUUUAAUGGGAAAUACAAUUGAGAACUGAGAGUUAGUGAAUCAAAAGCGAACCUAGAAAAGAGGCAGAAAGUCUCGACAACGGUUGUCACAUUGUGGCGGUGGUUUUCUUUUAUUCAUGGCCUUUUUCUUCCAGUAAUAAAUUUGAGGGGGCACAACUCUGCCGACAAAUCAAGCUUCAGACAGACUCCUUUAUUAUCCCUUAAUGAAAUGUUUUCUGAAUGACAGCAUGUGUGUAAAGAGUCUAAAGUCUCCUUCACAACAGUUUGAGACUUUGAUUUUAUUGCUGUGUAUCAGAGAGGUGUGGCGGCCAAAGUCUUGCUUUAUGAUGCCCUACCUGGCACUUCAUAAGAGGAGUUUGUGUUGAUUGGACCUUUUUGUCUUCACUGAAAUGUGCAAUCAGAUGUUGAGGGGAUGAAACUGUCUGUAAAUGGCUUCAAAAACUAUCUCUGCAUGAUUGGCGAUGAUUAAAUUCGCUCUCGGUGGUUGGAUGCGGGUGACAGGUACUGUCAAAAUGAAUGUGAGGAGGAUUUCCACAAGUAACAGCCAGUGACUUAAUUAUUAAUGACCACUUGUUCUUUGUCCAUUUUUUUCCAGUUUGUUCUUUAAUCUGUUGUGUUAUUGACAAGCUAAUGUCUUGUAUAUAGCUAACACAGCACCCUUUACAGCCAGAGGACGCUCUUUGGCUUUGGUCAAUAAUAAUUCGUAUUUUUUUUGUUUUUUUUAAACUCCCUUCUAACUCAAAUUCAGGCACUUCCUGUCAAGUGAUACAGGCUGGGAAUUUAUGAAGUACAUGCCUCCAUAGGUGUGUUGGCGUCAACUUUUUUCCCUAGAGAUUUUGCUCAUAAUUGGCUCUUUUGUAAAACUUUGGGGGGAAAACAAAAAAAUGAAUCAUUGAAUAAAAAUUAGAGCUUCAGAUAGUCUCCUUUUUCAAAAAGUUAACCAAAGGUGAUGGUUUAAAUAUGUAUUGCCCCAUCUAGUGGCCAAAUAAAAAACAUUAAAGCACACCACUUUGCAGCUGAGGAUUGUAACAUUCAGUUUCCUUUAGCAUGAUGUCCAUUUUCAUAAACUGAAUGAACUUUAAUCAUUACUAUAAAUAAAUUGAUUGCUGUUGAACGAUUACCCCAAAUACUAGUAAUUGAAUAACAACCUAACGUGUGCACCUGACCUCAGCCUUGAAGUUACAUACUCGUAAUUGUGCUCCAAGGUAAAUGUGUCACUGGAAUUUUUUCUUUUCCUCUCUUGUCAUUUGGGACUGUGGAAUAAAACCAGUGCGAGAAGACUGAAGAUUGUAAUAUAAAUGUGCCAACAAAUAAACACCAGUAUUUCACAUUCA